GAAGGAAAUUCGCCAUUUUUCCCCUCCAGUCAACUAUUAUUCAAGAUUAAUUUACAUGUUGGCGGGACGGGUAGAACUGUAGAAGCGGUGGUGACGGGAGAGACCCCCUGGUUGAUAUACGAAAGCAUCGUAGGUUUACCGUCCACGAUGGCUGACGGCGAACCAUUAAGUAUUGACAGCAUAAUCGCUCGAUUAUUAGAAGUUCGAGGAUGUCGUCCUGGUAAAACAGUUCAAAUGUCAGAAGCUGAAGUUAGAGGACUAUGUUUAAAAUCUAGAGAAAUAUUUUUACAGCAACCUAUAUUAUUAGAUUUAGAAGCACCAUUGAAAAUUUGUGGUGAUAUACAUGGACAAUAUACUGAUUUAUUACGUCUUUUUGAGUAUGGUGGUUUUCCACCAGAAGCCAACUAUCUAUUUUUGGGUGAUUAUGUAGAUCGUGGUAAACAAUCCCUAGAAACUAUUUGUCUUUUAUUAGCAUAUAAAAUUAAAUAUCCAGAAAACUUUUUCCUCCUAAGAGGUAACCAUGAAUGUGCGAGUAUCAAUAGGAUAUAUGGAUUUUAUGAUGAAUGUAAACGACGUUACAAUAUAAAAUUAUGGAAAACAUUUACUGACUGUUUUAACUGCUUACCAAUUGCAGCUAUUAUUGAUGAAAAAAUAUUUUGUUGUCAUGGUGGUCUAAGCCCUGACUUACAAGGAAUGGAACAAAUAAGACGGAUAAUGCGUCCUACUGAUGUCCCUGAUACUGGUCUUCUAUGUGAUUUAUUAUGGUCCGAUCCUGAUAAAGAUGUUACUGGUUGGGGCGAAAAUGACAGAGGAGUAUCAUUUACAUUUGGUACAGAUGUUGUAGCCAAAUUUUUAAACAGACAUGAUUUGGAUCUCAUUUGUCGUGCACAUCAAGUUGUUGAAGAUGGCUAUGAAUUCUUUGCAAAAAGGCAACUAGUAACAUUGUUUUCAGCACCAAAUUACUGUGGAGAAUUUGAUAAUGCUGGUGGAAUGAUGUCUGUUGAUGCAACUCUUAUGUGUUCAUUUCAAAUUUUAAAACCGUCCGAAAAGAAAGCUAAAUAUCAAUAUUCUGGACUAAAUUCUGGAAGGCCAGCAAGUAAUUCAGCAGCAGCUAAAAAGAAAUAAACUGAAUAACGUGGAGCCUAAGUAAAUUUAAUCUGAACUAAAUUCAUUUGAAUUAUUCAAAUGAUAAUAUUGUAUAAUACUGAAUAGUUAUUAUUCAGUAUUAUACAAUAUUGUGCUUGAAAUUGGUAAUUUUAUUAUUUGGACUAUAAAUAACAAAUUUUAUGUAAAUUAAGAUUAUCACAAAUGUAUAAAAAAAAAACAUUAAAUUAUAUUUCAACAAUCAUUAGAUUAUGGUUCAUAGUAUAGGAACCUUAAUUGUAAUAUCCUUAAAGUAUUGAGUAAUUAGAUCUUAAAAUUUAUGUACUGUGUAUAUAGUUAAUAACCAUUAAAUUAAGAUAACAAAUUUUAAUUAAUACUAUGUACAAAAGUAGGCUUGCAUUAUCUUAGCAUCUUUUAUUUGUUUGUGUUUUAAAUAUAAAUUUAUGAUUAACAAUAAAAUUAAUUAUUAUCAGAAUUUGUUUUAUGACUAAUUUAUUGUAGGAAAUUAUUUUACCAUUAUUAAAAAAGAUUUAAAUUUAGUUACGUUACACUUUAUUAUUUUUUGUCAGUGAAGUAUAAGUAUUAUGCACUUGCUAUUACACCUGGUAAAUUAUAUAUAAUUGUAUUUUUUUAAUGCACACAUUUAAAUCAUUACUUAAAAUACUCAAUGAUACUACCAAUGUAGCUAAAAAUAAAUUAAUGUAUUGUGUAUUAUAAUCA